AACACUCAGGGGAUACGUCCACAUGCAAGUUUCUAAGUAAAAAUAAGACUACCUCUUCUAAACAAAAUGCAGAAUUUUAAAUAUUCUCAAAGUGCUGGCCUUGUGAAUUUUGAGACGUUUCAUUGGAUCUGCAGGAUUGUUUUACAUGCCACUGUGCUUGUGAAAUGUUGCACUGAAGCUCAUGUGACAGUUGACCCACCUUCGCACCUGGAAAUAUAUGAUCCUGGAUAUUUGGGAAUGUUGGAUAUUUCAUGGCAUGCUGCUGACAGAAAAGGAGACUGUGCGGUUAUAUACGAAUUACAGUACCAGAAUGGAGCUGGAAAUAGAUGGAAAUCUAUUAGAACAAAACAUCUUAAGCACAGAGCUGCAUUUAAUCUCAGCAAUGAAAUUUCAGUCAAAAUCAGGACCCAACUAAAAGGACCCUGUAUAAACGGAUCUCAGAUCUGGAGCGACUGGAGGGAAGCAAAUUAUUCUGUCCCGGUAACAGGAACGCCUGAAUCAAAAAUUGGACAUUUUCAGUGCAUUUACUAUAACUGGGAAUUGCUUAAGUGUUCAUGGAGUCCAGGGAAACUGCAUAACCUUACCAGUAAUUAUGAACUGCAGUACUGGCAUAAAGGGUUAAGUCACAAAAUGAUCUGUGACUCUUAUCAGAGCACCAAUGGGAUCAAUACUGGAUGUAUUUUUCAAAGUGAGCAACUGGAACAUUACACAGACUUCUUUGUUUGUGUUACUGGAACUGCGGGGUCACUUCCAAUAAGGCCAUCAUACUUUGUAUUUCAGCUCCAAGACAUAGUUAAACCAGCAGCUCCGGAAGAGCUAUCUGUCUUUAAGACUGAGUCGAAUGAGAUGCUCCUAGAGUGGAAACUUCCUGAGGGAACAGUGCCUCUGAGAUGUUUGAAGUUUGAAAUUCAGUACAAAGAGGAAAAUGAUAUAUGGAAGACAGAGCCCGAGCAAAGAGAAACAAUGAGUGUCAUUGAUAAAUCAAACUCCAGCAAUAUAUUUUGUGCACGUGUUAGAGGAAAAGUUAAUAUGUUUUGUGCGGCUGAUGGCUUUUGGAGUGACUGGAGCCCUGAAAUCUGCUGGAAAGCAACAUUUGCAAAGAAAGGGCUCUAUAUUUUUGGAGGCUGCAUUGCAGUACUGACAGCUUGUACCAUUGCCGCAGCAUUAGCUGUUAGGAAUAAAAGACAUUUUUCAAAGAAGCUGCAGCAUAAGGCCAAAGAGUUGGUAUUGGAAAUGGAUGGACCUAUGAGGCUGAACUGAUGCUUUCAUUACCUGGAUUCUUUCUUUUUUAACAUAUAUAUAGUCACUAAGUCAGCAUACAUCCCAAGAGAAGAGUCAAUUAUUUUGGAACAUUGUUACAUUAAUGUUAUUACUGCAGUGCAGUUAUUGUUUGAUAUAGAAUAUAAAGCAGAUUAUUUAAUAAAUGUAUUUUAAGGAAAGCGUUGCAUUUUCAGUAUAAAAUUCUUUUGUAUUGUUUUUAUAGUUUCUAAAAGUAUUCUAAACAUAUUCUAAACUUAAUAAAUAUUGUUAAU